AGCAACAGAUGAGGAAUGCGAGGUCGAUGGUUGAGUUAAAACGGGGGGGUUCGGGGGAUGAGUGGCGAGGUUUGUGGAUUUCUUAGAGGGGGGCUUUUUAAUCGACGACUCUUCUGUAUCACACGGAACGCGCUUAAGCGAUUUUCCGGCACCUUUUUGUGCAACGGAAAGGGAGUCAUCGAAGGAGAUCUCCAUAUUAAAAGACCCCCCACCUUCAUCCAUCAUUUAUGUGACUGAUAAUUGCAAUAGUUUGAAUGAUUCCUAUAACCUAAUAAAAAAAAACAAAGAAAAACAAAAAAUAAUAAAACUACUUGCUAACGCACACCAGUGCGAUGAUUGCGGUAACGGCUGCUGCUCGAUCGGAUGAUUGCAGACGCCGCUGCGAUUGUGCACUUUUCAGUCCGGUGCUCGUUCUCACGUUCUCACUCACAGCGAUUCACACGAGAUGCACCAGUACAAUUGAACUUAGCGAUCGGCUGAUCGCGUGUUGGGCGCUCGGCACAAAUGAAAUGGUGUAUCACACCACUAAGCGCGUUCUUCCACACUGAUAUUGUGUGCGUGCGACUGACCACCGUGUCCGACUCCAAUUUGCGAUGGCGAUGAAUUGGCGAGAAAUGAAAGCCAGCCACUUUGGCAGGCCUUGUUGCGGCUUCUCCAAUCGCUGAUUGCGAGGUUGAACACAAUGUCCACAAGACCACGGUAAACGCGUGAUAAUAAAAACACCAGGGCGAGUAAGGUUAAUAACAUCUUACAGCACUCGAUCACGAUUACGGGAACGCGAAAGUAAACGACUGAUUGCUUGCGCUGUCCAGACUUGAUUGUCAAUUAUUAUUAUUAAUAAUAAUUAAUCUUCAAUUAAUUAAUUAAUUGAAUUAUUAAUUAAUUGAAGUAAUUAAUCUUUAAUUCAUCCAUACAUAACACAGGAGGCAUCUCAUCUAGGAUCACAGAGGGCGGUUUUCAUCAUAUCUCGUUCCACUUCGGUAUCUUUUUUCUGAUUCGUACCAUCCAACGACUGUUUACCAUCUUUCUGUCACCAUCAUUCGGUAAACACUGGUGGAGUGAACAAACAAUAUCCAACAACCAAACAAAACGGCCCUUUUCAGGGACACCGAAUCAUGUUCAAAGAGUUUAACGAUGUAAUUCUUCAAACAUACCCAAAAGCAACAGAUAGUCUAACGGAAUCCUACGUCAACUAUGUGGUCGUGUCUCCGACAAAACCCCCUGUGACUUUUUUUUUUUAUUAGUAGUACUAAGUUGAGAUUUCUAUGGCGAAUAACACGCCUUGAAUAUAUUCUGGAGUGACAAGCUCUAGAAUCCGCAUGACCACAGUGCAGGUCGGAAGAAAUUUCUUUGACGAAAAAUCUUCCGGUCAGAACGGAAAUCGAACCCGAACCCCCUGCAUGAUAAUGUGGGAUGCACACCACUCGGCCACGGGAGCACUUUUAUUGAAACAUACUAUUGAAUAAUUGUAAAAAGGUCAAAUACUAUCUGCAUGAGAAUCCCACGUUGUGAAUGGUCAAAUCGGUGCCGACCAAAACGAGCAAUUAAAAUAGCAGCGGAAUACAAUUCGAAAACAUCAAUACCAUUGCGAAAACAUUCGAAGCUUAUCAGCGUGCAAUUCUAUCCAAGAGAAAAAAAAGAAGCCACACUAUGGAGACAUUACUCACACCACCGAGACGCACGCCACUUAGCAUUAUGGAAGCCCCUAAACACUUCAACCCGGUCUAGCCUACAUCACUUCACUCCACGUCCGCUUGUGUAUACCGCCAUGUAUCCCGGGUCUUCCAGAUGGCAUCGUCAUCGUCAAGUACUCUGAUUCAAUGAAUAAUCGGCGGAUUGCCAACUCUUCCACUGUGACCGUAAUCGUGAAAUCAGCGAGUUUUCGAGAGGUGGGGGUGUGCUCAUCGCGGUCAAAUCCAAGCACUCAUGUACAGCGGUAUCGCUCAAGAACGUCGAACACCUCGAACAAAUGGCUGUUCGCAUUAAUCUGCUGCACCGCUCGCUUUUCAUCACCGGUAUUUAUAUUCGCCCUCUCUCCAGUCCCGAUGUCUACACAUCGCACAUCAAUGCAGUACAGACGAUCGCAGAUAUAUCCUCGAGUCUCGUUAUAAUCUUGGCAAUGAGCGACUACAACCUUCCAUUUGUAAAAUGGUACUUCGAUAAAGACUUGAACGGCUAUUAACCAUCCAACGCAUCAACGGAACAAUAACUCUCACUGAACCGGAUCUUGCCUGUGGGAUAAUUCAAGUGAAUUAUUUUUCAAACGCGAAUAAUAGAUUGCUUGAUUUAGCCUUCAUCAAUGAACCAGAUGAUUCAGCUCCACUACUGGAGAUAGAUGAACACCACAGGCCGUUCAUCAUUAAACUGGACGCCCGAAGCAAUCCGAUCGUCACGUCUGAUUUCGAAUCUUCUCCACAACCGCAUUUCAGGCUGUGUGAAUACGGCUCAUUGAACAACGACUUGUCUAUUAUCGACUUGCAACAAAUUUUAACCGGAGACUCCGUGGAUGCAUUGGCUGAUCGUUUCUAUGCCAAAUCAUACGAAAUCAUUUACGCACGUGUCCCUCUCCAACGAGGCGUACUUCAUGGCGACCCUGGUGGAAUUCUCAAUUACGCAAUUUACGAAAUGUACUGCAUUUGCAACAGUCUCAGAAUAAUCGAACUGCAGCACAAAGAACUUCUAAAGUCUUGCCACGAGGAAUACGUGAUACGUGAAUACGCCGGCUACAACUCCAUCGCAAUGAUAACGGAACGCACAUCUACCAUCUUGAUGGAAGCCCCCAAGCCACCUGGCACAGUCGAGCAUCUCAACUUUAUCACUUGUGCCGAUUUCAACAACCAUCGCAGUCGUUCCGUUCCUGUGUUCGGAGUUGGUGAGGGGGUCUUCCAAUGUGUUAAUUCAGGCAAGUACGAAUGUAAUAUCGCUUCUUCGCUUCCUGAAUUCCGUCCCAUUUCCAGAGAUUCCGUUUAUCACCAAGCUAAUUCUGCUCAGCUAACAAACUUAAUUGGAAUGUUUAUCGAAUCGGAACCCAUUGUAGAAAGCACCAUGGGAACCCCUAGUCUGCUCGACACAGUCGUGUUUCUUGAUGUAUCCGCCGUCGGAGUCGUUUCGGUCCUGUUGUUCGAUGUUCGGAAAGGAGGUUCCCAAUCACCUGUGCAAGGCAAGUACCGCAAAAAUACGGAUCUCCAUCCUGCUGAUGAACCUUCGCCUUCCAGCAUACGUCAGUGCAAGAACAUACAUGCAUAUUAUCAGAACGUGCGCGGUAUCAACACCUGUAUCAGCGAUUAUCUGCUCGCGUGUUCUGACUAUUUUGACAUCUACGACAUCAUCGCUUUGACGGAAACUUGGCUCGACAACCGUACUCUUUCCAAUCAAGUUUGUGGACAAAACUACGAAGUCUUCCGUACGGACCGAAAUCAGUUCAACAGUAAUAAGUCAUCUGGAGGUGGUGUUCUGAUAGCUGUCCAUCCACGUUUGAAAGCCCAGCUGAUUGUUGAAAACGCAUGGUCGUGUGUCGAGCAAGUUUGUAUUUCGAUGAAGCUAGCAGAUAGAGUCCUGUAUAUUUGCGUUGUAUAUUUUCCUCCUGAUCGCAUUCGAGGUAUCGCGCUAAUCGAUAUGCAUGUACAAUCUCUGUCAGCAAUAGCUGCAUGUGCGCUUCCAGCUGAUGAAAUUAUUAUGUUUGGUGACUUUAAUCUUCCAGAUAUCAAGUGGCGAAUGGGGUCCGGAAGAUUUCUGUUCGCUGAUCCGGCCCAGUCAACGUUUCAUGCGGGUACCAACGCAUUACUAGACGGCUACAACUGCAACUUGCAUCAGCAAAUCAAUUCUGUUAGCAAUGAGAACGGUCGCAUGCUUGAUCUUUGCUUUGUGAGUAAAUCUAACGAAGCUCCAAUAUUAUUGGCAGCACUAGCACCUCUGGUGAAAUUGGUACCUCAUCAUCCUCCACUAUGUUUGACACUGGUAGCCUCUGCGAAUAGUUUCAACGUCGCUCCAAUCGCCGUCUACUACGAUUUUAGAAAUGCUGACAUUAGUAGCAUAAAUAGUGUGCUUCUGAAUAUUGACUGGAAUGAAGUUUUGGACAAAGACGACGUAGACGCCGCUGUUGAAACUUUCACGAACAUCAUGAGCUAUUUAAUUGACAGGCAUGUUCCUAAGAAAAACAGACGUUCAUCUACCCACCAACCGUGGCAAACCACCGAAAUUCGACGACUUAAAACUGCCAAGAGGGCUGCACUCAGGAAAUUUUCGAAAAACCGUCUCCCUUCCUUCAAGCAAUAUUAUUUGCGACUAAACUUUCAGUACAAAAGAGCAAGUAAGCGUAGUCAUGCGAUAUACCUACGUGGGGUUCAACGAAAAUUUCGAAAUAAUCCUAAAUCAUUUUGGAAAUACGUCGAUUCCAUCUACAUCGAUUUUUCGAAAGCACCGUGCCACACCAAUAUGCGAUCGAAAAAUGAAAAGCCAUGGGAUUUCCAACCUGGCUGGUUGAGUGGUUUUUAUCCUACUUAAUGGACCGUCAGUUCUCCGUGUCGGUUAACUCCACUCGCUCUGGAACAUUCAAAAUCACAGCUGGAGUACCACAAGGAAGCGUGCUUGGACCGUCACAAUCGACUCCAAGAUAAGAUUCAAUGAACACGUGGCACUUAUCGCGGCGAAAGCCUCUACCAUUCUAGGUUUCAUUCCACUUUUCACUUGGCAAUUUACUUAUAUCUACGCACAGAAAGCUUUAUUCUGCAGCCUGGUUCGUAGCGGCUUAGAAUAUGCGGCCCCUCUCUGGGCACCUUAUCACGCUUCGAUGAUCGUCAGAAUUGAACGAAUACAGAAGCGCUUUGUUCGAAUCGUUUUACAAAACCUACCAUGGAAUGAUCCGUCUAAUCUGCCUGAUUAUCCUGCACGCUGUAUGUUAAUCAAAAUGGAAACAUUACAUGCUAGGCGCAGAGCAAUUCAACAACUAAUGGUC